AAGAAAAUACAAACGGGAAUAAUUAUGAUGAAUUUAUAAAGAUGUUAAAACAAAACAAAACAAAACAAAAUUGCAGAGAAGACACAUCCAAACCUCGGAACUAAUAAUAUCAAAUACAUGAUAAUAUAAACUCUGAAAUUUAGACAAAAAAUUGGUGAUACAAAUAAAAUAACAAAAAUCUGAUGACAUGCCUUUUGAUCGGAAAGGCAAGAAAGUUUGAGUUCACGAGCUCGCACGAGUGAGUAUCGAAAAGUCAGUGAACUGUUCUCUUUCUAUCUCCCUCUUUCUUGCAUUUUCUAUCGAGGAACAACGGGGGGAGGAAGAAGAAGAAGAAGAAGAAAAGAAAGAGAAAGAGAAGGAGAGAAAAGUUGAUAGUGGUGGUGGUAUGGUGUGGUGUGGUGUGGUGAACAUCAUGAUGAUAAUGAUGAUGAAAAUGAUGGUGAUGGUGAUAGUGAUAUCGGUAUGGUGGUAGUGAAGAUAAUGAUUGUUACCCAACUGUAACGCAAACUUAUAGAAAGUUCAAGGAAUAAUUUUGUAGUUAAUAAAUAGUCGUCGUUAGAAACUGUAUAAAAAGAAAAAAAAACGAAUCAAAGAAUAAUAAAAAAAAAAGAGGAAGAAAAUAGUUUUUGAAAUCCCAUACGGGUGGGGGGGAUAGACACGUGUUGAGGUGCGCGAGCACGCACAGGUACCAGUAGUAGGAGAAGGAGGAGAUGGAAGUGUAGAGGGGUUGUGGUGGAUAUAUUAACUCGUAGACUUUCUUGAUGCGAUCUAUGUGACGUUUCCUUCGGUACGUUCGUGUUCGAUCAUAUGUCAGUUCGUCCUCUAUGAUUAAACUCGAGUUAAGUUAAAUCAUUGCUCGUGUGUUUUAGUGUAAGAGUUGUUGGUGGUGGUUGGUAACGGUACCCCAACGUUGGUAUCCACGUGCAGAAAGGAACAUUUAAAUACUCUGCAAUUAGUUAUAUCCUUUUCCGGUACGAAAAAGAAUUUUGGUUUUUUUUUUUUUUUCAGUUUCUAUUUCUUUUCUGUAUCUUUUUCUUCGCCUUUUCUUUUCUUUUCUUUUCUUUUCUCAACGUCACAAAUAUUUGAAUUUAAAAUUUGGUGGGAACCAAUGCUCAGCGGAAUAAUGGACGGUCUCAUCGAGAUUUUUCUCUUCUGCGGGGUGCUUUACUACUUUUUUAAUACCAGAGCUACGAACAUGGUUGACGUACUUUUCAUGCGACUUCAAGAAGUUUAUGUAAAAUGGGAGAAAAAGACGGAAAGGAUGAAACCAAAAAUUAAAACGGAAGAUGAUGGUUUAAUCCCGCUUAAAAAAAGGGAAGAUUUGAUACCAAAAUGUCCUGAAGAUAAUGAAUUAUUAACUGCUGCUAAAUAUAAUAAAAUGAGCUUUGAUGAGCUACCUAUAUCGUGUUAUGAAGGAACAAGUUCAUUAUUAAGAAAUUGUUGCACUCGUUGUACAAUGACUUCGUCUAAAUAUAACGCAAGUUUAGUAAAUCAACAAUGUCGGGAUCCAUAUGGUGUAAGCAUAAUGACGAUAGAUUCCGGUCCUGGAUUAUUUUCUAAAUUGUUUGGUCAUUUGUCUCACGUUUACAAUGUUAAAACAUAUCAUUAUCCAAGAUUAACAGAGACAGUAUUGAACAAUGAGAGAUUAAAAGAAGCGAUUAAAUUAGCUGGUUUAGAAAUGUCUGUAAAAGAUCAAAUAAAUGAAAAAACAGCCUUUAUAAAAGCUCAAGAACGAGCGAAGAUGAUACUUUUAGACAUGGAAAGUAAAAUUAGUAAUGUCUUAUUAAAAAUAGUCGCAUGGGUUCUUUACAAAUUAUUACCUUGCUUCACGCAAUCGGCUAUAGUUUAUUCUCCGCAUAUAGAAAUGUUGACAAAGGCAAAAGAAUCUGGUUUGCCUUUAAUUUUCUUACCCCUGCAUCGUAGUCAUUUGGAUUACGUUAUGAUAAGUUUUAUUCUUCUUAAGUAUAAUAUUAGAAACCCGUUGAUUGCAGCUGGUGAUAAUUUAAAAAUUCCUAUUAUUGGACGACUUCUCAGAGGUUUAGGUGCAUUUUUUAUUAAACGGCGUAUCGAUUCAUGCGCAAAUCGUAAAGAUGUUCUUUAUCGUGCCAUUCUUCAUACAUAUAUUACGGAAAGUCUUCGAGCCGGUCAUAAUAUGGAAUUCUUCGUCGAGGGUGGUAGAACAAGAACUGGUAAACCAUGUAUGCCAAAAGGUGGUAUCCUAAGUGUUAUUGUCGAUGCUAAUAUGGAUGGUACAAUCGAGGAUGCUUUAAUAAUACCGACUGCGAUGAAUUAUGAACGUCUGGUAGAUGGAAACUUUGUUAGAGAACAAUUAGGACAACCCAAAAAAAUGGAAACUUUUGGAUCAACUAUAAAAGCUAUGUGGUCUACAUUAAUGGGAAAUUAUGGGAUUAUUAAAAUUAAUUUUUGUCAACCAUUUUCACUUAAAGAAAUGGUGAAAUCAGUUCAAGAAUUACAACAAAAACAGUCUAGAAAUUCUCCAAGGGAAGACAGGACUCUGAAAUACACGAUAUCUAAUUCAUCUCUUUAUGGAACAGAUUUUGUAGUAGAAGAACAUCGUCAACUGGUUGAUAAAAUAGCGCGUCAUGUUGUAUAUGAUUGUUCUAAAUAUACUCCUAUUAUGUCAACGAAUGUUGUCGCUUGUCUACUUUUAAAUAAAUUUAGGAAUGGAUGUAGUUUAGACAAAUUGGUAGAAUCGUUUGAUGAAGUUCGAGAAGAUUUCAAAGAUGAUGAUUUAGCUUUCACUGGCCAAACCAUUGAUAUUAUUAAUCAUGCAUUGGAUAUCUUAGGUCCAGGAUUAAUCAAACAACAGGAGGAAGAAAUAAUAGAAUCUGUAAAUGGACAGAAUAUUAAAUCAAAUGUCGUUAUGGUUUAUCCUGUAACAAUAUUAUCAAGUUUAAUUGAAUUAUCGUAUUACAGUAAUACUAUGUUACCUUAUUACGCUAUUAAAAGCGCUAUAGUUACGGUAAUUGGUAUUGAAACGUUACCUAUAGUAACUAAUUCCCGAGUUACUCUAACUUAUAAAACUUUUUUUAAAGAUGUAGUAGUAAAAAAAAUAAUUAAACUAUGCGAUAUAUUAAGAUACGAGCUUAUUUUUUGCAAACCUUGUGAAACGCUUGAAUUCAAAAUUGAUGAAGCAAUAGAUGAACUUAAAAAUUCUCUUUCUAUUAAAUUGGAUGAGGAAUCUUACGUAGAUAUAGAAAAGUGGAGUAGAAGAUGUUCUAAGUAUUUUGAUGAUAGUUCAGAUGAAGAAUGUAUGGCAAACAUUCCGACAAAACCGAAAAAAUAUUCUCUUGAUUUAACACCAUUAGAAGUCACGCAUAUGGAAUUUUUACAUGCGAUUUUACGUCCAUUAAUAGAUACAUACUCAUAUAGUGCACUUACUUUGAAAAAAUUAAUAGGAAAAUCUUUAUCCGAAAGGGACUUAAUCAAAGAAGUUUCUAACGAGAUUCAAACGAAUUUGGACAACGGUAGAAUUGUUUAUGGUGAAAGUUUAUGUGUUGAUCCUAUUAAGAAUUCUUUUAAACUUUUUGAAAAGUGGGACAUCUUAGAAUGUAUUAUUCAAGAUAACGUUAAAAAAUUUCGAUUAAAAUCGGGUUACAAUACAAACAAGGCUAUCGAAACGUUGUAUCAAGAUAUAGCAAUAUUUCAAUGGUUCAGAAAUACGAAGUGAACUUCAAGAUAAAAAAAAGUUGAUGGUACGUUGUAUAUAGUUUUUCUAAGCCGUAAAGUAUAUUUUUUAAGAUUUUUUAGAUGAUAUUCUGUAAAUUCGUAAAAAAAAAGAUGUUAAAUAUAUUA